AUGAAGUUCACACAAUACGCCGGCGUCGCUAGCUUGCUAGUUGGCGCUACAGUCGCAAAGGAGAUCCCCCAGGAUCUCGAGCGCCACCGCCGAAUCUUCGCUAAUGGCCAACGACAUAUGGAGAUUAUGGCCAAGAAGCAUGCUAUCUGGGCCCGUCAGGAAGCCGAAGGUCUUUUCACAGCUCCAUAUCCAGAGCUGGGGUACACCAAGUGCGUAGCCGGCGUUGCUGCGGCCAUCCCCGGCGAUAAGAGCAAUACUUUCCGAUGCGACAAUCUUGAUCUUCAUCACUUCCUUUCCCACACCGCUCUUGGAAGCAAGACCGGGCAAGGCUCCUCUUCAUGGGGAUGGGUCGCCCCAAGCGGUCGUGAAUUCGUCGCCAUCGCGCAAGCCGAUGGGGCCGCCUUCGUUGAGAUCACCAAGGAGGGAAAGAUGAUCUAUCUCGGUCGCCUUCCUCAGCACCACGAGGCCCAGCCCAGCAUCUGGCGUGAACUCCGCGCCUACAGGCACUAUAUUCUGAUCGGUAGCGAAGCCGAGAGGCAUGGUAUUCAGAUCUUCGACAUGCGCAAGCUCCAAAGCAUUGACCCAAAGAACCCAGUCGUUUUCGACACCAACAAAGACCUUGCCAGCCGGUACAAGGACUUGCCGAUUGGCCGAACCCACAAUGUCGUUGUCGACGAGAAGAACAAGUACGCUGUCGCUGUCGGCGCUGCUCCUCGUUCUGACAAAUGCAAGGCCGGGUUGAUCUUCAUUGAUCUUACCGACAUCUACAACCCAACUAGCCCUGGAUGUGCUAGCGAAGACGGAUACGUCCAUGACGCUCAAUGCCUGCCAUACAAGGGACCUGAUAAGAGGUACAAGGGUCGCACCAUCUGUUAUGGAUACAACGAAGAUACUCUCACCAUCUACGAUGUCACCGACCGCACUAACGCCACUAUCAUCUCCCGCACUUCCUACGAGGGUGCUUCCUACACCCACCAAGGCUGGGUUCUUGACAAGAGCUGGCAAGAUUACUUAAUCAUGGAUGACGAGUAUGAUGAAUACAACGGUCGUGGUCCAGCGAAGGACGGCCGACCAAUUACCUAUAUCUGGGAUAUCAAAGAUCUCCACAACCCCAAGCAGACCGGUUACUACAAGGGUAAAGUUCGUGCCAUCGACCACAACCAAUACAUUGUCGACGGAUACGUUUACCAGAGCAAUUACGGAAGCGGUCUCCAUGUUGUUGACAUUACUUCGAUUCCCAAGGACCCAUCCGGUGCUGGCGUUCAUGAAGUCGCCUUCUUUGACAUCUACCCAGAAGAUGAUGGCAAGGAAGACGGUGGUGUCCUCGAGUUCGUUGGCAGCUGGUCUUCUUAUGCCAUGCUUCCAAGUGGUUAUGUCCUCGUCAACUCCAUUGAACGUGGAGCCUUCAUCGUCAAGUUGCAGCGUAAGAACACCAAGGCCCGAGGCAGCCGACUUGGCUGGUAG